UGUGUGCACAGUGAAGGCUGAGGGCUGUCCUCCAUGUUUUAGUAAGCAUUGACAUAACACACUGUGUUUGUUAGCCAUGCAUCCACAGAGUUUGGCAGACGAAGAGGUGAAGGUGGAGUCGGAUGCUGUUGAAGGGAUGGAAAUCGCAACACGGUCCAAAGUUUCAGGUGUUGACUCGGGGUCAGCGGAGAGGAGUGGGCAGAAGCGCAAGGUGUCCAGCCCUCCCCACUCGUCCAAUGGCCACUCCCCGUCCGAUACCUCCCCCAGCCCCAUGAAGAAGAAGAAGAAACCAGGGGCUAUCCACAGCAGCAAAGACCAGUCUGAGCUAAGACAUGGUCCCUUUUACUAUGUGAAGCAGCCAGCACUCACCACAGACCCUGUUGAUGUUGUACCGCAGGACGGGCGCAACGACUUCUACUGCUGGGUCUGCCAUCGGGAGGGCCAGGUGCUCUGCUGCGAGCUGUGCCCGCGUGUUUACCACGCUAAGUGCCUGAAACUGGCAGCAGAGCCCGAGGGCGACUGGUUCUGCCCCGAGUGUGAGAAAAUCACAGUAGCAGAAUGCAUAGAGACCCAGAGUAAGGCCAUGACCAUGCUUACAUUAGACCAGCUGUCUUACCUGCUUAAGUUUGCUCUACAAAAGAUGAAACAGCCGGGUGACCAGCCUCGCACCUCAGCCCACUCCCCACACGCUACCGCUUCGCAGAGAAAGGCUUAUAAUUGGACGGAGCCCUUUCAGAAGCCUGUGUCCCUUGAGCAGCAUCCAGACUACGCUGAGUACAUCUUCCACCCCAUGGACCUCUGCACACUAGAGAAGAACAUCAAAAAGAAAAUGUAUGGGUGCACAGAGGCCUUUUUGGCGGAUGUCAAGUGGAUUUUACACAACUGUAUAAUUUACAAUGGAGGCAAUCACAAGCUCACAGCUACUGCUAAAGUCAUCGUCAGGAUCUGUGAACAUGAGAUGAAUGAGAUUGAAGUGUGUCCAGAGUGCUACCUGUCAGCAUGCCAGAAGAGAGACAACUGGUUCUGUGAGCCAUGCAGUAACCCUCAUCCGCUGGUCUGGGCUAAACUGAAGGGUUUUCCUUUCUGGCCAGCCAAAGCACUGCGAGACAAAGAUGGACAGGUGGACGCCCGCUUCUUUGGCCAACAUGACCGGGCCUGGGUGCCGAUCAACAACUGCUACCUGAUGUCCAAGGAGAUCCCAUUCUCUGUGAAGAAGACCAAGAGCAUCUUCAACAGCGCCAUGCAGGAGAUGGAGGUCUACGUGGAGAACAUCCGCAAGAAGUUUGGCGUCUUCAACUACGCGCCCUUCCGCACCCCCUACACGCCAGACAACCACUUCCAGAUGCUCCUGGACCCUGCCAACCCCGCCGCCGGCUCCGUCAAGCCCGAGAAACAGGAGAAGAUCAAGUUCAACUUCGACAUGACGGCCUCUCCCAAGAUGCACCUGGGCAAGAGCAUGCUCUCUGCGAGCGGCGGUGCUGGGGGAGUGGGGAUGGGAGGUUUGGGAGUGGGCAGGAGCUCGGCGAGGCGGAUCUCUGUGACGGACAUGCCCCGCUCGCCAAUGAGCACCAACUCCUCAAACCACACGGGGUCCGACGGGGAGCAGGAGGGGGCGGAGAAGGGCCAGGCUGCUAGACCCCCUUCGGGACACUACAGCACUGGAGAAGAGUCCCAAGACUGCACAGCUUCACCUGCACCGGGCAAGUCAGGUGUGGUUAUGGACAGCCCCAAGCCCUUCCACUCCCAGGCCCCCUCUGCAGUCAAGCAGGAGAAGGGCCCUCCCACACCCAGCAUUCUCAACCUCAACCUCGACCGCAGCAAGGCAGAGAUGGACCUGAAGGAGCUGAGUGAGAGUGUCCAGCAGCAGCAGCAGCAGCAACAGCAGGGGGCGCCACCACUACUCACCUCCCCCAAGAGGCAGAUCCGGAGCCGCUUCCAGCUCAAUCUCGACAAGACCAUCGAGAACUGCAAGGCCCAGCUGGGUAUCAAUGAGAUCUCGGAAGAUGCGUACAAAGCCGUGGAGGACUCUGAGGAGUCAGACAAGUCGGACUCGAGUGACAGCGAGUAUGGCAGUGACGACGAGCAGAAGCCCAACAAGGACUCCCAAGAGCCUGCCACCGCCACCUCCGUCAAGUCCGAGAAAGACGCCUCCAAGAAGAAAUCAAAGGCUCUGCCUCCAUCAUCCUCCUCACCUGCUGCCCAGGAGCAAGACAAACCCAAACUGGAAGGAUCAGGGGCAGGGGAGGGGUCCGCCACCACAGCCACAACCACAGCCACCACCACCACCACUACACCCAAAACGGAGCCCGCAUCCAAAACCGGUACUGAUGACCCGGUGCCUAAAGACAGGCAGGCAUCUGAGGGGGAGAAGGAGACGAGCGAGAGGGCCAAAGCUGCACCGGAGCCUCCGUCGACCACCAGGGACAAGGCCAAGGCAUCCCAGGAGCCCCAGCCACCAGCCCCGGCCCCAGCCAUGGAUGCAGACCUGGACUCAGACUCGGACAAGGAGCUGGUGAUCGAUCUGGGAGACGACCACGGAGAAAGAGGGAGGAAGAGAGGCAGGAAGGACUCAGCCGCCGCAUCCACCUCCACAUCCUCCUCCACCUCCGUAGCCAAGGAUGCCAGCGCUGCCACCAAGGCAGAUGGUAAGGCUCCCAUCACCACCAGUGUGGUGACACCUUCCCAACAGCACGCCCCUGUGUGCUCCUCCCCAGGCCCUAAAGACCUGGCCCAGCCGUCUGCCUCCACCCCAGCCAGCAUCCUCUCCUUCCCCGCCGCCCCGCUCUCCUCCUCCACCCCUCUCCCAGGCCCUGCUGCCGCAGCCUCCUCCUCCUCGUCCACCUCCUCCUCCGCUUCAUCCGCCACACCGCUCGCCACCGUGAAGAAGCAGCGUCCCCUGUUACCGCGGGAGACUGUUCCCGUGGUGCAGCACGCCGUGGUGUGGAACCCCACCGCCAAGUUCCAGACGUCCUCGCAGAAAUGGCACAUGCAGAAGGUGCAGAGGCAGCAGCAGCAGCCGGCUGCGCAGGUGCCCACGACACAGACGCAAGCGCAGACGCCGCAGGCCCAGACGCCGCCCCAGCGCAGCCAGCAGGUCCUGACCACAUCUGCAGCACAGCAGCAGCAGCAGCAGCAGCAGGCCUCAUCCUCCUCCUCCUCCUCCAGCACGCGCUACCAGACUCGACAGGCCGUCAAAGCCGUCCAGCAGAAGGAGCUGCCCCAUGGUGUGUCAACGUCGUCGGUCACCCUGGUGGGCGGCUCACCUGUUUCUGUGGCUAUUGCAGCGGCGACCCCCGGAGCCUCCAUGAGCUCUUCAUCCUCCUCAUCCUCCCCUGCCGUCAUGGCAACGGACCUGCACAUCCCCACCACCUCAGCAGACGUGGCCGCCGACAUCGCCAAGUACACCAGCAAGAUAAUGGAUGCCAUCAAAGGGACCAUGACUGAGCUGUAUAACGACUUGUCCAAGAGCACCUCGGGCAACACAAUACAAGAGAUCCGGCGGCUGCGGAUCGAGAUCGAGAAGCUGCAGUGGCUACAUCAACAGGAGCUCUCAGAGAUGAAGCACAACCUGGAGCUGACGAUGGCGGAGAUGCGUCAGAGCCUGGAGCAGGAGCGCGAGCGGCUGGUGGCGGAGGUGCGCAAGCAGAUGGAGGCGGAGCGGCAGCAGGCGGUGGACGAGACCAAGAAGAAGCAGUGGUGCGCCAACUGCCGCAAGGAGGCCAUCUUCUACUGCUGCUGGAACACCAGCUACUGCGACUACCCCUGCCAGCAGGCCCACUGGCCCGAGCACAUGAAGUCCUGCACGCAGUCAGCCACCGCAUCGCAGCAGGAGCCUGAGACGGAGCAGUGCACGGACACCCCUGCAAAAGUGUGCGGCCAGCCGGGCAGCACACACAACUCCCCCAGGGAGGGAGGGGCUCCCACGGCCCCCACGCCACAAGACCUGGGCCUGGAAAAGAGCAAAGACAGUGUGACCGUCAGUGUGGCGUAGCCGGCGUAGCCAGAGCCACUCCCUCCCUCCCUCCCCCCUCUCUCUUUCUCUCUCUCUCUCUUUCUCUCUCUCUCUUCGGAGCAGAAGCACUUAAUCCUGUACUGUAAAGAAAAAAGAAGAAAAAACUACAGUCUACUUGUUCACUACAGAUUUUUUCCCCCUUUUUUUCUGUUUUGUUCGUUUGUUUGCUUCUUCGUUUUAAACCAAAAUGUUUGUUUUUCGAUCAGUCCUGGAACCCAAAGGCGACUUUUUUCUUUUCAGUUUUGCUUCUCGGAAACGAGUCCUCCUAUCAGUAUGACUAUCUUACAUAGAACAAUGGAACGUUUUUUUUGUUUGUUUUUUUUAAUCAAGAUGGAGAUGUCUUCACUGUGAAUAUUGUGACGAAGAGAGCAUUUCAGUUCUUUAGUUCCACUCCCUCUAUACAAUGUGCUGAUCAGCCUUUUUUUCUGUGGAGAGUUCCGAUCAUUUACCCGGGCAUGAACGAGAGUGCAUUAUUUUUAUACUGUAGUCAGAGUAUUGAAGUUAUUGUUGAACGUGUCUUCUUUUUGCUUUUUUUCCCCUUUCUCCUCCUCCUCCUCCGUAUCAAGCAUAUUUAAGUUAAUUUAUUACAGUAGGCAUUUACACCAAGAAUGUUUUGCCAAAUGAGACAAUGCAAUUGGGAUAUGCCUGAAGCACUGACCUCUAUGCAGACGUCAUUGGCCUGAAGCAUACGUACAUGUGAAGUGGUGCCUGGAGGGGAGAAGAAGAUGAUAGAUGUUUCCUGUGAAAACGAGGCCUCUCAUCAUUCCUUUGGCAUAGAUAGAUGCCAAUAUUGUUUCUUUGACCUGCUUGGCUUUUUUUUUUUUUUUUUGAACAAGGUUGCAUUUCAUAGUUGUGGAGUCCAGAGCCAGAGUCAGGUUUCCUUUGUUGUUUUUUUUAUAUACGGUAUACGUAUAAAUAAGAGGGUCAUAAUGAACAAAAUAGUUGCAGAGAAAUAUAUAUAAUAAAUAUAUAUAUCCACAAAGUUUUUAAUGAAAAGAAAGGAAACUCAUGCGCUUACUGUCACAGCAGCACCCCAAGUGGAUCUGAUCAAGGUCCUCGUUGUAGCACCCUGUUAUUUGCACAUUUAAAAAAAAAAAAGACAGGGACCCAUAUUCAAGAAUGUCUCAUGCGGGCCACAAUAGUUUGGCGUUGAUUGAUAACCUUGAAAAGAGCCGAUCUCUGAAUGCCAGUCAAUUUAGAUUUUUACUUUGCAGUUUGAUUAGAAAAAGACAAUGUGGCAACCGCUUUGGUUACACUAGACACUUGGUGUCAGGUUGGUGUGAUGAGAAGCCAGCUUGCACUGCUUGCUCCUCCACGGCCCCUUCUGACACAUCCUGCACUGUACAAAUAUGAAGGUUCCUCAAAGAACCUUCAAUUGGAUCAUGGGGCAACCUUUAAAUUCUCUGAGGAACCCGAAAAGUUCUCUGAAUGACCUUGAAGUUCUGGGGAGGACCUCAAGGUUUAGGGGUACUGUCACAGUAAUCGCAACAAUCAAAGGGUUCCUCAAUGAACCUUUGAGUCCCCUGGGUUCUUUGAAGAACCUUCAAGAAAAUUCCGGAAUUAUUUCAAGAACUCUUGUCACAUAUUGGCCUCACAUGCCUCUUUUCCACUGCUGUUGUCUGGUAGACCUACAGCUCGACACAACACAUAUUUGGGACAGACGCCACGUUUUGCUUUUCGCUUGGGAACGACAGCUCAAUCAAAGAGCAAAAAGUGGCGAGUCGUGUUGUGUCGAGCUAUACGUAGGCUUACCAGAAAACCGUCAGUGGAAAAGCGGCAUCAGUGGACUGUUAAGCUAACUUUAUUUAGUUCAUGCUGUUUUUCAUUCACGAGCCUCUGAGUUCUGUUCUUGACUGUACAUUUUCCCGUGAAGGUGAUCUCACGGCUGUUUACAUACUGUACAUAAUAAAAAAGUUUUGGUGGUCUGAAA